AUGUCUUCCUCGUCCCCUGACACUGCUCCAUCUUCAGAUUCUGAUUAUAAUGAUAAUGGAGAUUCAUCGCAAAGCCCUCCACCACCCCCACCACCAGACCAGCAGAGCGCAGAUCCUAAUGACGAUCCAUUUGCAACUUCACCGCCACCACCUAACCAGAACUCUUCGGGUUCCCACGAUAAUAGUUCCGGUUCUGGUUCGUCGAACCAAGGCUCUUCUGGUGGCAAAUCUCAAUCUCCAUCUUCAAGUCCUUCAUCGAACAAUAAUGGUAAAUCGUCGAAUUCCAGUUCAUCCUCCUCUGAAUCGUCACCGUCAACGCCUAAUUUAACACCAAAAUCUUCCGGCGGGAAGUCACCUCCGGCAAUAUCCGAAUCCAGCGAAAAGAGCAGCGGCGGCAAGAGUGACGACAGUAGAGCAAUCAUAGGAGCCGCCGUUGGAGUAGGGUUUGUUCUUCUGAUAAUGAUCAUCGUCUGUAUCAUUUGCUGCAGAAGGAAGAAGCGAAAGCAUAGGUAUUACUAUAGCGACGAAGGCAAACCCGGCAAAUCUGGUAGUGGUUAUUACAACAGGGGACAGAACCCAAAUAACUGGCACCCUGGUGGGAAUGACCAUGUUGUGAGGAUGCAGCAAUCACCAGGCAUGGGUAUGGGUAUGGGUAUGGGUAUGGGCAUGGCUCCGGACAGUGGUGGGUGGGGCCCAGUUCCUCCACCUCCUCCACCACACAGCACCGACAUGAGUUCCAAUUACUCACUGGGGCCGCCACCUCUGCCUCCGCCAUCCCCAGGGCUGACUUUUGGGCUGAAUUGUGGCACCUUCUCUUUUGAAGACUUGGCUGCCGCGACGGAGGGCUUUGCUGAUAAGAAUCUGAUAGGACAAGGAGGUUUUGGUUACGUGCAUAAGGGUGUUUUGCCUAAUGGAAAAGAAGUGGCCGUGAAGAGCCUCAAAGCUGGCAGUGGCCAAGGAGAGCGUGAAUUCCAAGCUGAGAUCGAAAUCAUUAGUCGUGUUCAUCAUCGCCAUCUCGUGUCCCUCCAGGGCUACUGUAUUGCUGGUGGACAACGAAUGUUGGUUUAUGAAUUUGUUCCCAAUGAAACUCUUGAGCAUCACCUUCAUGGAAAGGGUUUGCCUACCAUGAGUUGGCCUGACAGAAUGAGAAUUGCAGUAGGAUCUGCCAAAGGGCUUGCAUACCUUCACGAAGACUGUCACCCUCGAAUUAUCCACCGUGAUAUCAAAUCUGCCAAUGUCCUCCUUGACGAUAGCUUCGAAGCUAAGGUGGCUGAUUUCGGAUUGGCUAAGUUGACUACUGAUAACAAUACUCAUGUCUCAACUCGAGUCAUGGGAACAUUCGGGUACUUGGCUCCGGAAUAUGCGUCGAGUGGAAAAUUGACUGAGAAGUCAGACGUGUUCUCUUUCGGAGUGAUGUUACUAGAACUCAUAACGGGGAAGCGACCUAUAGAUAUCCAAAACAUGAUGGACGAUAGUUUAGUAGACUGGGCUCGACCACUGCUGGCAAAAGGGCUGGAGGAUGGAAACUUUGAGGAGCUGGUGGAUCCGUUCUUGGAAGGCAAUUACAAUAACCAGGAAUUGUCUCGUAUUGCUGCCUGUGCUUCUGCCAGCAUUCGUCAUUCCGGCAAGAAACGUCCUAAAAUGAGCCAGAUCGUAAGAGCACUGGAAGGAGACGUGUCAUUGGAAGACUUGAACGAUGCAAAGGCCGGGCAUGGCCACCUUCUGGCAUCUUCAUCCAGCUCAGAGUACGAUUCGAGUGCGUAUCAGGCUGAUAUGAAGAGGUUCAGACAGAUAGCUCUGGCCAGCCAGGAAUUCGGAAGCAGUGAAUCAAGUGGUGAGAUUCCAAAGCAACGUCUUUAG